AUGGAGCAGUUUGGUUUGCAAAAAACCGGACCGGCGGAGGGAAAGACGGCGGCGAAAUCGGCUCACCGGGUUGGGUCAAGAGCGGUUGUGAAACCACGUGGGAAGAGGGAAAAGGAAAUUCCAGAGUCCUCUUCAUCUUUCUUCUUUCUCUCCAUCGUGAACCAAGGUUGCAAAGUUUUUUUUUUUAAUAUUCGGAUUUCUCAUAAUGUCGUCAUUCAGUCCACUUACCAUCCACUUGUCACCACCAAACACUCUCAUCCUCGUCACGACGCCGGAAACAGAACCAAGGCUUUGAAAUACAAAUUCGUCGCCAUCGUGUCGAUCCUGAUGGCCGGAGCUCUCGGCGUUUUUCUCCCGGUCCUCGCCAAGAAGAUCCCGACGUUUCGACCGGAGAACAACGUCUUCUUCCUGAUCAAAGCGUUCGCCGCGGGCGUGAUUCUCGCCACCGCGUUCGUCCACAUACUCCCCGACGGGUACGGGUCCCUGUCCAGCCCUUGCCUCAGCGAAAAGCCUUGGGGGGUUUUCCCUUUCUCGGGGUUUCUCGCCAUGGUUGCGGCCAUCGGUACGAUGAUGAUCGACACGUUGGCGACGAGUUUCUACAAGAAGUCGCAUUUUAAUAAGGCUUCGCCGGUGAAUGGGGACGAGGAGAUGAUGGGGGAGCAUGAGGGGCAUGUUCAUGUGCAUACGCAUGCCACUCAUGGACAUGCUCAUGGAUCUGCUGUGGUACCACAGAGCUCUGAAUCUUCUCCUCAUCAUCAUCAUCUUAUUCGGCAACGUAUUAUUUCACAGGUGUUGGAGGUAGGGAUUGUGGUUCAUUCGGUAAUAAUAGGGAUGGCAUUGGGUGCAUCCCAAAGUGCCAAAACAAUCAAGCCUCUUGUUGCUGCAUUGACUUUCCAUCAAUUCUUUGAAGGCAUGGGCCUCGGUGGUUGCAUCUCUCAGGCAAAAUUCAAGAACAGAGCCACUGCCAUGAUGCUGGUGCUGUUCUCACUGACAACCCCAAUGGGCAUAGCCAUGGGCAUGGGUGUAUCAAAAGUGUACAAUGAGAAUAGCCCCAAAGCACUAGUGGUGGAAGGAGUCCUCAACUCCCUUUCGGCUGGGAUCUUGAUUUACAUGUCGCUUGUCGACCUGCUUGGGGUUGAUUUCAUGAACCCCGUGAUGCAAAGCAAUGUUAAAUUGAUGCUUGGGUCUAAUAUUUCACUCCUCCUUGGGGCAGCGUCCAUGUCACUCUUGGCUAAAUGGUCAUGAGACUUUUCUGUUUUCUUACUAUAUUAGCCCCCAACGUUUGUAUGAAAAGUCAUUGUAGCACCUAUUUUCUUUAAACAUGUUAACCUUCAAACGUUU